AUGGUACAUCCUCAAUUUCAAACUGUAUUAGGAGGUCGUCCACUUCUGUAUUUAUUUCAAUUCGACGAUGCAGAAGCCAAUCUUUGUGGAGGUGGAUGGUCUGGAAGUAGAGAAGUAUUUAAUAGGUUUCGACAGAUGGCCAUAAAUCGAGGACUACAAAAUCCAUACAUGGUUUUGAUGGACUUUCAAGUUCCAACUGUGCAAGCUCAUGCCGCCCUUCUCGGAUUCGACGCAAUUUCGAUGUACGCUUUACCCGGUGGAACCAUCGAGGGCUCACCGUUCAUCGACCUAGUUCAUACUGCUCAACAAUGGUGGCAAUCUGCUCAUGACGUCCAAGCAAAAAUGGUACCGAUCGUUCCUACUGGUUGGGAUGCCCGACCACGCUAUGAAAAUCCUGUGCCAUGGCUCAUUGAAGGACCAGAGCAUUAUUUUCAACCUACUGGCGAAGAAUUGCAACAAUUCUUUAAGACAGCGAUCAACUUUACUUGUCAAUAUAAUGAGACAGCUGAGGCGCAGACGAUACUCGUCUAUGCAUGGAACGAAAAUAGCGAAAAUGGUGCUCCUCUUAUUCCUACGCUAGGAAAUGGUACUUUCUACGUUGAUGCUUUAUCGAAGAUACUUCCAUUGUACUGUUAA